AUGUCUAGCACCACCAUCACACCCCAACCCAGCUUCUACGGAGAUUAUGAGAAAGGUGAAGAGCCUACGAACUGGCUGCGCAAAUACGAACUGUCAUUACCCACCACCGCAACCGACACUGACAAACUCAGUCGGUUCGAACUCCAAUGUGCCGCCGCAAGCCCAGCAGAGAUAAGAUGGCCUCAGCCAACCCAGGUCACCUUAACGGUAGCGCAGAAGAAGGAGCGAAUCAAGGCAGUAGUACUAAAGGAGGAGGAGAUAGGUGUGAUGAUAGAGGAGGAGCGGGGACGAGAAUGGGGACAUGUGAGAUGGGCGAAGAAGGUCGCGCGAAUGGCCCAAGGAUUCAAUGACACUCAAUGUCACUUACUAGACGUCGUGUUGGACAACACUCCGGAAGUCCUGCGCGACCUACUGGUCGACAACUAUACCUCCUGGACGGAUUUUGAAACGGAUGUAGCAAAAGUUUCAGCAGCCCAGCUACUCAGGGCGAAACAACGUCUGGUCAUGGACAGGAAACUCCGCGAGGACGUAGACAAGCUGCAGAACCAAACAGCCGACGAGCGUAAAGCAGCCCAAGCCCCCCAACAAACAGUACAAGCUCCCUACGUCUCGCAACCGCCAUACAGGUACAACUAUCGCUACAACCCCACCAUGAUGCCGCCCCCUCAGAGUCAAACGCUGGUGCCCCCAGCUCCAUCGAUGUUCCAACCACCACCAACGCUCAUGACGCCCCAAGUUCCCCAAACACCACAAGCUGCACAUUUGUUCACCCAGACAGCUCCAGUAACGCGCGGCAACUUGUUCUAUGGAUACAGAGGGUAUCCACAGACCCCAACACGCCGAGGAGGCUCACCUGCAGACCGCAUGCGUACUGCAGCACAAACGUUGGCAACACCAACCACACCGGGGCCAACAUCAAAUGUCCAGUUCGUGUCGAACGCAACACCAACGCAGUAUAACAUGCCGCAGAACUCAUAUCCGAACCCGACAGCAGCAUACCCUCAAUACUCGUACUUUGCUGAACCAUACGAAGCUUAUCAGGGCGCGGGAAACGAGUUCGGACCGCAGCAGUAG